AGGAAAUGGAUUGCAUUGUGGAUCAGAUGAUGACAGUGGCCGAGUACUUGGGAUGGGAUGUCACUGAGUUGAAGCCGAUAUUACAGGACAUGAUGGUUGAGAUCGAUUAUGACGCCGACGGAACUGUAUCUCUGGACGAAUGGAAAAGGGGUGGACUCACUACCAUUCCUCUAUUAGUGCUCCUGGGCUUAGACUCUCUCCACAAUAACUGUGCCUCACAAGUCAAACCCGAAUGUAAUUUAGGCCAACAUAGGGAUCAUAUAUUAGCGCCGGCAUCCAUUGUGCCCAUAGUUCUCGUGAGU